CAUUGCAUCAUAAAUCGUAUGUGUGUUUGUCUGCUAAAAUACCAAGUUAUAUCGGCUUAAAAGAAUUUAUUGAAUGAAAUCGACAAAUCCAUCAGCUUAAUAUCUGAUAAAAUAAUGCAAAACUCGCAUAAAUGUCUCAGUUUGUUACGUGAAGCAACACAAAAUUUUACAAUAAAAAAUGCAACUUACACGAAAUCUUUACCAGCUAGAAUUGCAGGAAUUAGUGGAGCAAUGGUAAGCAAAGGAAUGCACUUAAGUCGAUGUUUGCAAAGAAAUCGCAAUCGCAAACAGGAACCUACGAAUUUGUCGGCUUUGUUUAAACCUGUUCACGUGCAACGCAAUGUCGAUGAACAUGACGUUGGGUCUGAGCUCGUGGGCAAAUUAGAAAAGUCGGCAGUAUUAAGAAUUUUGAAUAAUUUUACCCAACGUCACGAAAUAAAAACGCUGUGCCAAGAGAAUGGAUUGGAUAACUAUUUACAGCAUCAAGCGUUCGCUUCAUUUCGCCGGUAUUGUAUAGAAUCUGAAAAUUUACCGGUUGAUAUCCAUAUUAUCUUCAGUGAUAUUAUAAAAGGAGCUGGUCAUGUAGAUGACAUUUUUCCAUAUUUUUUGCGUCACGCCAAAUCCAUUUUUCCUCAUUUGGAUUGUAUGGAUGAUUUAAAAAAAAUUUCCGAUCUAAGAACUCCAGCCAAUUGGUAUCCUAGCGCUCGAAAUAUAACACGUAAAAUUAUUUUUCAUGCGGGACCGACAAACUCUGGAAAAACGUAUCAUGCGUUAGAGAGAUUUCUCUCAGCCGAAUCGGGUGUAUAUUGUGGUCCAUUAAAAUUGUUAGCUACCGAGGUGUUCAACAAAGCUAACGAAAGGGGUACGCCUUGUGAUUUGGUUACGGGGGAAGAGCGUAAAUAUGGAAUAAACGAGAAUACAGCAGCGGCUCAUGUGGCUUGCACUGUUGAAAUGACUUCGGUAAAUAGACCAUAUAAAGUGGCAGUAAUUGAUGAAAUCCAACAGCUACGUGACCGACAAAGGGGUUGGGCUUGGACUCGGGCAUUUUUGGGUCUCAUAGCCGAAGAAGUUCAUGUGUGUGGUGAAGCAGGUGCCGUAGAGUUAUUACAAAAAAUUUGCGAAACAACAAACGAAACUGUUGAAGUUCGCAGUUACAAACGUUUAACGGAAUUGACUGUGGAAGAUGAAGCCUUAAUAACGUUAGAUAAUGUGCAACCUGGUGACUGUAUUGUAUGUUUUAGUAAGAACGAUAUUUACUCAGUAUCACGAGAAAUUGAAGCGAGAGGGAAAGAGGUGGCUGUCAUAUAUGGAGGUUUACCGCCGGGCACUAAACUUGCACAAGCAGCAAAAUUUAAUGAUCCCGACAACAGUUGCAAAGUUAUGGUGGCAACCGAUGCUAUUGGAAUGGGCUUAAAUUUGAGUAUACGUCGAAUUGUAUUCUAUUCGCUAACCAAGCCAACUAUGAACGAAAAAGGUGAACGCGAAAUUGAUACAAUUUCAGUGUCAUCGGCUUUACAAAUAGCUGGACGUGCUGGACGUUACCGCACUCAAUGGGAACAUGGCUAUGUUACGACUUAUAAAAGCGAGGAUUUGCCUAAACUAAGGCAAAUAUUAGAGCAAACUCCCGAACCUCUAAAACAAGCCGGUUUACAUCCGACUGCCGAUCAAAUUGAGCUAUACGCUUAUCAUUUACCAAACUCUUCGUUAAGUAAUUUAAUGGAUAUUUUUGUUAAUCUCUGUACCGUGGACGAUUCCUUAUAUUUUAUGUGCAACAUUGAGGAUUUCAAAUUUUUAGCCGAAAUGAUACAACAUGUGCCGUUGCCGCUAAGAGCACGCUAUCUGUUUUGCUGUGCACCCAUUAAUAGAAAAAUGGCGUUCGUAUGUUCCAUGUUCUUGAAGAUUACUCGCCAAUAUAGUCGAAACGAACCCAUCACUUUCGACUUUAUCAGCAAAAACUGUGGUUGGCCCUUAAGUUUACCUAAAACUAUUUUGGAUCUAGUACACCUAGAGUCGGUGUUUGACGUAAUGGACUUAUAUUUGUGGCUAAGCUAUCGUUUUAUGGACUUAUUCCCUGAUGCCUCAACUGUGAGAAUUGCACAAAGGGAACUGGAUGAAAUAAUCCGCCAGGGUGUAUUUCAAAUCACUCGCUUGCUUAAGAAUUCUGAGACCACCACCUAUAGUAUGAGACGAAUCACACAAGCAAAAGAGAGUGGUGUCGGUAAUGUAGGUAUCCGCGGACGUUUAACAGAUCGUCUUAUCGCACAAGGCCUACUUACACCGGCCAUGUUAAAGGAAUUACGCAAAGAAUGGGAUGCGCAACAACAGAUUCGACCGGCCAAUGAGCAGUCAAUGAACAGCAAGGACUUAGGAAGUUAUGAUCAAAAUGACAGUGAUGACGACAAUGCUUUCGGCAGAAAAAGUCGAAGAAAACGCAAAAAAUAACGCAAAAUGACAAAAGCUCUGGCUUAGAAUAUAUAUGUAUAUACUCAACUCUGUGCAGUUUUUCUGUAUAGUUUUUUAGGAAGACUUGUCGAUUUGAAUUAAAUUCGGGCGAUCUCUGGCCUUCCUUUUUUGAAAUUCCAAGGAGUCAAUAAAGUUUGCCCAUCUCUCAAACACAAUUUACCUAUGUGUGUGUUAUUGUCGACAUUGUUUUGGAUAGAUGCGGCUAUUCUGUAAAAAAUUCGAAACUAUUUUCCGCAAAAAUUUCAAAAGCCGGAUUUUGAAUAUAACUGACUUGAAUCUUCCCUUGAAGCAAUAAUUGAUAUGAAAAUGUUAAUCUAAAGAUAAUGAGCAACAAGUUAUAAUCCCACAUUGCGCUCGACAAUUAGUUCCCUUCGCAAGCCAACAAAAUAUCUGCAUUCUUGUAGGAUCUCUGAUAACACGAUUAGUAUAAACUUGGAUAUACAUGCGUUUACACAAAUGGCACACAUUUGAACCAACACUUCAUUAAGUAAAUUAAACGAGCUUUAUUCCUAGCCGAUAAACCGGCUCGCCCGGUUACUAUUGGGAAGCUUGGUUCCACAAGUGUUCUUACAUUUAAGUUAGCAAAACACGAAUACGUUAGCGUUCAUUCUGGGUUCGUGACAACUCAAUCAACUUGUUCCUACGUUCAGCGGCUACAAUCACGAUAAGGUAGUUAUAGGAUGACAUUAAACUUCUGCAUAAAGUGGAAAUACUUUAAUUGGGAUGAGAAAGAUUAGGUAGAAAAUGGACAUUUUAUAUGGAAUCACAAAUGUCACGUCACGAAUUGUAAAAGUGUACACAUGGUUUCGGAUUUUUUU